UUGAUUGGUUUCUCUCCGUUGCAAGACCGAGGGCGAGAGCCAUCCUUUUUUACGAAAACAUGAGCGUUGCAGUUGUUCCAUUGAGUUGCAGAGCCCCCUUAGGAGCAAGAAUUCUUCACACUCGUCCAUGGAAGAACUACCCCACUUGUUGGCUCCCCUUAUGGACACGUCCUUUGAAAGUUUCGAGUGCCAUUGGAGACCUGCAACCUACUCAGAUUAUAGAGGUCGAUGCUAUAGCAGCAGGAGAAGCCAUGGUUGCAAAAUCAGAGCUUGAGGUUAAUGGGGAUUCUCCUGAAGUUGUUGAAGAGUCCAUUAAAGAAGAUAAGGGAAAUGGGUUUCCUAAGAAAAGCUCAAACAAAGAUCGAAAGCCAGGGGAUGGGACCUUUGACUAUGAGAGGUUCACUUUGCGCAAUGGAAGAGAGGUUUACUUGGAAAAAGCUUACCUAGUUGGUGUUGAACAUAAACGUGGUGAAGAUGAUUUCUUGGGUAUAGAAGAGUCACUCGAGGAGUUAGCCCAACUGGCAGACACUGCAGGGUUGUUGGUUGUUGGCAGUACAUAUCAGAAGCUAGCCCAUCCAAAUUCACGAACGUACAUUGGAUCCGGCAAAGUUUCAGAAAUCAAGAAUGCUAUUCACGCCCUUGAUGUGGAGACUGUAAUAUUUGAUGAUGAGUUAUCAGCAGGGCAGCUUCGUAACUUGGAAAAGGCAUUCGGUGGCGAUGUUCGAGUUUGUGACCGAACUGCCCUAAUUCUGGAUAUCUUCAAUCAGAGGGCCGCAACUCAUGAAGCGGCUUUACAGGUUUCACUGGCACAAAUGGAAUACCAACUGCCAAGGCUGACGAAGAUGUGGUCCCACCUGGAACGGCAAGCAGGAGGAAGGGUCAAAGGUAUGGGUGAAAAGCAGAUUGAAGUGGACAAGCGCAUCUUACGAACUCAGAUUACUGCUCUGAGAAAGGAGUUGGAGUCUGUUCGGGAGCAUAGGAGACAGUAUCGAAAUCGUCGCGUGUCUGUACCUGUUCCAGUGGUAUCGUUGGUUGGUUACACAAAUGCUGGGAAAAGCACAAUUCUAAAUCGUCUAACUGGAGCUGAUGUACUUGCUGAGGAUCGCUUGUUUGCAACCCUGGACCCGACGACAAGAAGGGUGCAGCUCAAUAAUGGAAAGGAGUUCCUUCUUACAGACACUGUCGGAUUCAUACAGAAGCUACCAACAACCCUGGUAGCUGCAUUUAGAGCAACACUAGAAGAAAUUUCAGAGUCCUCUCUUUUGGUUCAUGUUGUCGACAUCAGCCAUCCUUUAGCACAGCAGCAGACAUGGGCAGUAGACAAAAUUCUCUCUGAGUUGGAUGUGGCAUCAAUCCCCAAACUUGUAGUAUGGAACAAGGUUGAUAAAACUAUGGAUCCUACUAAAAUCAAGAUGGAAGCUCUGGAAAGAGACCAUGUUAUUUGUAUAUCAGCUCUUAGUGGUGAUGGAUUAAAGGAAUUGUGUGAUGCAAUUCAAGGAAAACUGAAGGAUUCUAUGGUGUGGAUUGAAGCUUUAGUUCCUUAUGAUAAAGGAGAUCUCCUCAAUACCAUUUAUCAGAUUGGGAUGGUGGAAUGGACGGAGUAUAAAGAGCAAGGGACACUGAUAAAAGGACAUGUACCCCUUCCUCUUGCAAGGCAGUUGACUCCCAUGAGACAGCUAUGUAUAUCAUAAAUAAAUUUUUACUGGUAAGGCUGUACAUAAACUUCUUUGAGAAUAUUGUUUGAUAAUUUUAUGUAAAUUUGUACAGUUUCAGAUUAGCCUUUCUUUAGAACUUUGUGCCCUUGGAUGAAACCAACAAUCAUUGUGAUUAGGGUUUCAGGGUGCUGUGAAAUUAUCAUCGAAGAUCAGUCGCAUUUGACAUUUCAUGAAAAUAGCAUUGGUUAUGAUCAAAUAAUAUGAUUAUGAGAUGUGGUGUAACUGUGCUAUGUACCUUCUCAUUGCCA